UCCUCGCUCCUCAUACUAGUCUUUCUCGUCACUUCAGUGUAAAACUUCAGUGUGGAACCCCGCCGGUCACCAUGUCCGGCGGUGGAAGUGACGCCCCGCGGCCGCAGCCGCCGGGACCUUCCGACGGCGGUGAGUUCCUGUUGUCCCUACUUCAGAGGCCUCACCAACUUCAGCACGUGAAACCAUCUCAACCCCCUCCGACGCAGCCACAACCCCUCACCCUUGAUCCGGCCGUCGCCGCUGUCGGUCCCACCCUCCCGUUCCCUCUGCACGGAGCGCCCUCCGGUGGCCACGAUCCCUCUUCUUCCAGGCCUCACGGUUUCUCCCCUCCCCGGCCUCCCUUGCCCUACCCCCACAGUUACGUCACUCUCACGGAUGAUUUCGCCAGAUUAGGGCUAAGGUUCGGGCCCGAUUCGACUGGGACCCCAUCCUCUGGUCCUCAAAAUCUGCGCUUUGGUGCUUUUUCACUCGAAGUGGAGCCCUCUGAUCGCCUGCCAAACGGUAAUUCAGUUGAAAGUCCAAACCUUGACUCUGUGGGAGAGCCUGAAAUAGGUUACGUGAGUAGGGGCUAUGACAGGUCCGGUAGGAAUCUGAAAUUUAAUGGCCCGGAGAGUUCGAAUUACUUGAAUUCAAGCUCCAAUCCUGCUGCAUUCCGGCACCGGAAUUUUGACUCUCACAGCUUUGAGCAAUCCAGGCCAGGAUGGGGCAAGCACCAAGUCGGUUCUAAUGUUGAUGGUCGCAGGCCUGCGCCUCCAGGGUUUCACAGAGAGGUGGGGGAUAGGGGCUUUGUUGAUCGGAGAAGGGGUGACUUUGAGCGCAAUGCAGGUGAAGUGAACAGCAAUCAUAGGGAUUUGAAUAACAGGAAUAAUUUGAGCUUAGGAGACGGAAGUAUGAGACUGAGGGGAUUUAGUUCUGAUGUUCAGAGACAAGUUCGCAGUGAGAGGGUGUUGGUCGGGCAGUUUGAUCCUGAGGUUCACUCUGUCCUUGCAAAUCAUGUGUAUAAAUCUAUGAGGGACAUGAACGGCGAGUCUCCUGUGGAGGGGAAUAGAGGAGAGGAUGCUGGUGAAAUAGAUGAUUUGGGUGAACAGCUAGUUGACUCUUUAUUGCUUGAGGAUCCACUCGACGAGAAUAAGAGUCAGACUUUACACCGUGUGAGUCGUGAUAAGGAAUACAGGUCAGACUCAAGGGGGCAACAGGUACUUAGCCAGAGGAUGAGGAACCUUAGAAAAAUGAUGGAGUGUCGAAGUGACAUAAACAGGCUAAAUAAUCAUUUUCUUCUGAUUUAUGAGUCCCUAACACCACCUGGUGAAGAGAAGACUAGGCAGAAGCAAUUGUUGACAUUGCUGGAGAGGCUAGUCAAUAAGGAGUGGCCUGAAGCUCGGCUUUACCUAUACGGAUCCUGUGCGAACUCCUUUGGGGUGUGCAAGAGUGAUAUAGAUGUUUGCCUUGCAAUUCAGGAUGCAGAGAUUGACAAAUCUAAGCUUCUGGUGAAGUUGGCGGACAUUCUGAAAUCAGAUAAUCUACAAAACGUGCAGCCGUUGGUACAUGCUAGGGUCCCAAUAGUGAAGUUUAUGGAUCCAGUGACUGGAGUCUCAUGCGAUAUAUGCAUAAACAAUGUGUUAGCAGUGAUAAAUACAAAGCUUCUUCGGGAUUAUGCUCAAAUAGAUGUCAGGUUGCGGCAGUUGGCAUAUAUUGUUAAACACUGGGCUAAGUCAAGACGAGUGAACGAGACUUAUCAAGGAACUCUAUCCAGCUAUGCGUAUGUGUUGAUGUGCAUUCAUUUCCUACAGCAACGUCGUCCGGCUAUCCUUCCGUGCUUGCAGGAAAUAGAGCCAACUUACUCUGUCACUGUUGAUGGCAUAGAAUGCGCUUACUUUGAUCAAGUAGAAAAGCUCCAGGAUUAUGGGUCUCGCAACAAGGAAACAAUUGCCCAGUUGGUGUGGGCAUUUUUCAAUUACUGGGCCUACCGCCAUGAUUAUACAAAUUCUGUUAUAUCCGUCCGCACAGGAUGCUUGCUCAGCAAACAGGCGAAAGACUGGACUAGGAGGAUUGGGAACGACCGGCACCUGAUUUGCAUAGAGGACCCGUUUGAUACCAAGCACGACCUGGGCCGGGUGGUGGACAAGUCCAGCAUAAAGGUCCUCAGAGAAGAGUUUGAGCGGGCCGCUGCAAUAAUGCAGCACGACCCAAGUCCAUGGAUAACACUCUUCGAACCUUAUGUUCCAUCCUGACCAUCCGCCUGCUUCUUGUUGUUCCGACUCUUUUUAUCAAACUCAUAUUAAGGCUUAUCAAAAGGCAUCUGCUUGGCAUUUAAUUUAGGUUUCUGUAAAGAAAGAUUAGUCUUAAUAUCCGUUGUGGUUUGGUUAUAGCUUGUGCUUAAUCUAUGGAGUGCUCAAUUUCUAAAAGGAUGGGUUGAUUUCGAUGUAAAAACUGUGUACAUGGCCUUCUAAGACGGGCAGUAAUUUAAUCAUCAAGAUUAAUGUAUAGCUGUGAAUCUCGA